GCCCUCACGGCUUCCGUUUCCGGCGGUGCCUUUAGCGGCACAUCCUAAAGCAAUGGCGGCGGGUGGAAGUGAUCCGCGGGCUGGCGAUGUAGAAGAAGACGCCUCCCAGCUCAUCUUUCCCAAAGAGUUUGAAACAGCCGAGACACUCCUAAACUCUGAAGUUCACAUGCUGCUGGAGCAUCGGAAGCAGCAGAACGAGAGUGCGGAGGACGAGCAGGAGCUCUCGGAGGUCUUCAUGAAAACCCUAAACUAUACGGCUCGCUUCAGCCGGUUCAAAAACAGAGAGACCAUUGCCAGUGUUCGUAGCUUGCUUCUCCAGAAAAAGCUACAUAAGUUUGAGUUGGCCUGUUUAGCCAAUCUUUGCCCAGAGACUGCUGAGGAGUCCAAAGCUCUCAUUCCAAGCCUGGAAGGGCGGUUUGAAGAUGAGGAACUGCAGCAGAUUCUCGAUGACAUCCAGACCAAGCGCAGCUUCCAGUACUAAUUACCAGACACUGCUGCUCCUGUGACAACUCCAGAAUAGCACCAGCUGCUACGCCUGCGUCGAAUCCGGGGAAGGGUGCUGUGGCACAGCACACUGGGCCUGCUGUUGUAGUUUUUGCUUUACUGAGAUAGAAUGUUACUCUGUAUAGUCCUCCUUCCUCAGCCUCCCAAGUGCUGGGAUUACAGGUGUGAGAAAAGGCUGGCUUGGUGAUAGUGUAGGUUGCUGUCCCCACAGUGACUAUCAGACCAGACUUAGCAUGUCUCCUUGGUGCAGCCUUGUAAGGGCUGCUGUGGUGAAGUGUGCUGCAGUCCUGAACCAGUGAGUAGACUGCCGCACAAAGCUUUUGUUGACUGACUCCUACUGCGGUUUUUUGGACCCUCUGUGAUUAUUUCUUGUUCUUGACAUUUCAAUUAUAUUUUUUCAUUGAUAUACAUUUCAGAAAAACCUAUAUUUUGUAGUUUUUGAAGCUGUCAUAUAAAAACUUACAUAGGGGAAGAAUGUUCUUACCUAGUUGUAAAAGGGAGAGAGAAACCAGAACACUGUCAUUAUUAUUAUUAUUCUUAAAGAUUGUAUGUGUUUACUGAUGGGUAUUGUUUUUAAAAUUAUGUGUAUUAUCAGUAUCAUCCAU